GAAGUUCAGCGCUGGGAAUGGUCUGCCAAUUUGUAUAAUAAAAACGGCAGGAUAAAGCUGGGACGCGGCUUACGCGACCAGAGAACGCGCGGACGCCGAACGUCAGGUGGGUGCGGAGACGGCCGCCGCGAGCUGUUCUCCCAGUUUUCGAAUGUUCUGCGGGCGUCGCGAACCCAUUUCCGCGGCGCUUUCCCUGAUGAAGCGUUUUUGACGGAUGGAAACGGAACGUCAAGGCUCAAGAGCACCGGGAACGGGAUAGGUCACUGCAGGUGUCAAUCUUCUGGAGGAAGCGGAUGCCUCUUCAAAUGCUGCACUCGCCUGCAUCUGUCUCGGCUCGUUUUCGCUGCCCUCGACUCCUCCGAUUCUUCGGCGGGCACAGUUCCACGUUUCAAGGGACUUACUGUGGUACCAAGACAAACCAUACGCAGAAAGCGGACUUGUACACCUUCCAGUGCCGCUGGCCCGCCUCGAUCAUUCUUCCAGGUCGGCAGGAAAAGUCUUUUCGUGCAUCCGCCGAUUUUCGUUUUCGCCGGGCCUUGCGCCGGUCGAGACGCUGCUUGUCCCUCCACUUCCCCGUCAAGACCCCGAAGAAAUCGGCACAUCGGGGUCUCGCUUCUGUACCGACUUCACACGCGCUCGGCGCUGGUACAGACUUGGAUCUAUGCUUGACAGCGUUGUGUGCGUCCUUUCCGAUACGUGUGAGUGGAACCGCCGUGCGAGGGGAUGAGAUCCUCCCAGUUAUCAGUGUGUCUGCGUGGAUUUUUCGCGGUAAACACGGCGCAGCAUGUGCCUCCGUGCCUUUCGGCAGGUUGUUGCGUGUCUCGCGUCCAUUCUUGCGUUUGUGGCGACCCGUCUCUCCUCUCCGUCUCGCGUUCCCGCGGAGAUCACGAACACCCACCGCGCGGGUGCCGCUCGGCUCCGCGGAAUCGCCCUUUUCUCCGUUUUCCCGAAGCAAGGAUGGAAAGCUCUUUUGCUUCGUUCAUGUGCAGAUUCAAGAAGAAAGCUCCGUCCGCAGAAGUGACUCUUAAGAGACUGUCGGUCCACUAGACCGUCCGGCGCGCCGUGAACGGGUUGUCGUGGAACAGAAACACCCGCGGCUGGAACAGAGUUAUCCGUGUCUGUUGUUGUUCCGUAUACCCGGCAGUAUUUACAUGGCCGCCUUGCGUAUAGAAAGGACUGGUUGCCUAACUGACGCCCUAGCAGAUCCAUGAAACCGUGCCUCGCGAAGUCCCCAGUGGACGUUGGAGUGCAGCUCAGGAUGUGUAGAGCAAGUGGAAGGCGUUUUCGAUUCAAGUGGUAGAAUGAUGCCGCGAACGCAGAGUGCCCACAUCGUGGUGAAAUUCCUGGACGAAGUACGUUUCUGUAGAGAGGAUCAAACAGAGGCUUUGUCGACGGUGAGAUCUUGAUUUCAUUGCCGCCGUCUCCCUCUCAAGCGCAGGUAUCCCGCUCGUCUCGAGACAGCCUCCCCGCUCUGUUAGGAUCUGUGCUCUGCUCCACGUGAUUGUCUCUCGCUGCUCCGACUCUAGUUGCGUCCGCGGUGUUGAG